UCGAGGUUUCUCAUACUCAGAUCAAAAAUAGAAUUAUUAAGUUCAUGCGACAACCAGGUGAACCAACUUCUUGACGUCGAAACUUUGACUUGAUUAAUACUAGCUGAUAAACCUUCUCUUUUUUUGUAUAUGCUUAUUGGCAGAUAUAUUAGUUCAUAUUCAUACACUUUGCGCUUCAUCGAUCAAAGUUUUUUCUUCAUCGCAAUACGCACCUUGUACACUAUGAGUGGGGUGAAAUCAUCAUCCCGAUAGCUUCAAUAAGACGCUGUCAUGUAUUUGUCGACCGUGAAACUUGAUGCCGAGGCCAUAUCCUUUCUCAGUAUACCGAUACAUCCGUCAAUAACUGAGCCAAAUGUAUAUAUCACCGGCGAUUCUCAGAUUCAACGUUGGUCGUCACUGAUUGGGAUCGUCACGGCAAUUGUGGGAAAUAUCCUCAUAUCUUUCGCCCUAAACAUACAGCGAUAUGCGCAUAUCAGAUUACACGAUGGCGAGAUACGACGGAAAGAAAGGCUGAGGGCUAUUUCGAAAUCUGCGGGUGGCUACGGAACAGGUGUGAACGGAAAUCGGAUCGAUGAAGAGGAAUAUGAAGCAGGUGAAGAGGAACCUCUACUACAAUCUUUCCACUCCCAAAACUCUCAGUCUUCGACUUCCACAGAGGAUGAUCAUGGGGGUAAAAAAUCUACAUAUUUACAAUCUCCAUACUGGUGGGGGGGUAUUGUCUUAAUGACGAUUGGAGAGCUGGGGAAUUUUUUGGCAUAUGGCUUUGCGCCGGCAUCAAUUGUUUCUCCUUUGGGUGUCGUCGCCUUGAUAUCCAAUUGUGUGAUAGCUCCCAUCAUGUUAAACGAACAAUUCCGGCUCAGGGAUUUCUGGGGGGUAGUAGUUGCGGUUGCUGGUGCUGUCACAGUUGUGUUGAGUGCUAAGCAAGAGGAAAAGAAAUUUGGACCCCAUGAAAUUUGGGGAGCCAUUACCACCACAGAGUUUGAACUUUAUAUGGGUAUCACAGUAGUUUUAAUCGCAAUCUUGAUGUGGGCAAGCCCGAGAUAUGGCAGGAAAACGAUACUGGUCGAUCUUGGGCUCGUGGGGUUAUUUGGUAAGUUUUCAUCAUCACACACUAGUCAUACCCACACUCACCAUUUCUAGGAGGGUAUACGGCUCUUUCUACCAAGGGUGUUUCUUCGAUGCUCUCUUCUACUCUAUGGAGAGCUUUAACGACUCCAGUCACAUAUUUCUUAGUGCUUGUUCUGGUCGCUACUGCCAUCAUGCAGGUUAGAUAUUUGAAUAGGGCUCUUCAACGUUUUGAUUCAACUCAAGUAAUUCCUGUCCAAUUCGUCAUCUUCACCUUAUCAGUCAUCACUGGCAGCGCAAUUCUUUAUCGUGAUUUCGAAAAAGUCACCAGUGAGAAUGCAGUAAAAUUUAUUGGAGGCUGUUUGUUGACAUUUUUCGGCGUAUGGCUCAUUACUAGCGGUAGACCACCGCAUGAUGAAGAUGAAGAUGAAGAUGAGAGUGAGGUGGAUAUUGAGGGGGAAGAAGAAAGGAUCAGACUUGCCCCUCAGGAAGCUCCUGGUGAUGAAGCUUUAUAUCAUAAUGGAUCACGGAAACAGUCUAGUCUUCAGCCGAAUUCUAAGCCAAGUCUCAUCCAUGAUGGUGAUGGAUCAGUUGAUGAGGAGGCAAUCCAGCACUCGCGGAGGUCAUCACAUGUCAGCUUUGCGAAACCAACAUCACGACCACAAACACCACAAAGACCGUCAUCAAAGCAUCCAGCAGUGCGGCUGCAUACCCCGGGCUUGUCUGAUGAGCGGUCUGCAAGUGUUGAUAAUCCUUUACCUUCAAAUCCAUGGGUGGAUUCCAAUGAAAAUCUACUACAAACACCAAGACAUCCGGGAAUACAAACGAGCAUUUCCUCUCCCGUCCUUCCCUCCGAGGCCCAAUCACCACCUCCCUUGAGACCACCUACUACUAGAAAUAAUACGCAAUCCCACUUUCAUACCCCUCCAAGUCAGCAGAAUAGCCCUUCACCACCCCAAGCAGAACAAUCAAUGACCCCAGCAAGUUAUUCGAUAGCCCGCAUGCUUCCUGGUCCAUUAUUAUCGCCCCUUUCCGGUGGGUUAAGUGUGGUAAUAGCAGACUCAUUAAGACGUGGAGUUGAUUCUCCUCGCAGCAAAUCACAAAGACGACCACAACCCGAUCUUCGAAGAUCCAAAUCGAUAUCUCAAAGACUUAUCCAAGCAAGUGAAGGUACAGUUGAUGAUGAGGAUGUUGAUGCACCUCUGAAGGAUAAUGAAGCAGCACAAGAUGUGGAAGAAGGUGAAUCAUUCCAGCGUUCAAUAAGAACACGAGCUCGAAGCUUAAGUAAUACACUUGGAGAGUUUUUAAGAGGCAGAUCAAGAGAUGAGAGGGUUGAUGAUGAAGAGGCAGGUCCAAGCGGACCGUAAGUUGGAAUUGUUUUUAGUGCAUUGAUUUUGGUGAAUGGUAAUUGGUUACAUUAGCAUUAGGGUUGGGUAUUCUCAGAGCGUGGCGCAAUGAAGCGAGGCAAUCCAUACAGUGUUUGACGUAGUGAAGCGAGUAUAUAAAAGUGUGAUUGUAUACCUAUUCAAAUGAGAUUUUCUCCUCAUG